UUGAGACAGGAAGAAAUAAUACUCCGUUUAUUUGUUCGAUGGGUUUGUCGUUUCAUACAUGACAGCUUGUUUUUUCUUUUUGGUUAACUACCGGUAAUUGUGACUGAUGUGUGCUUCCAAGAGCUUAGCAUGAAUAGUCAUUUUUAUACUCCUGGCGAACUUGUGUUCUCUCCAGCUCACUUUCUUUCUAGCUAGUGUUAAUUCGUUUCAGCAUCAAGUGCUCGAUCUGCCUUGGUGUUUGUCCUCUGAAAGGUUCUAAAAUCAGGUCACUUGGUGUCUAAUUUACAUUGCAUUGAACAACACUAACAAUUAGAUCCUGUUGUUUUAACCAUGAUCAGAACAACAUGUUCUACAAAAGAAGAUUUUGCAGUGCAAGUGACUCCACCAAUUUCCAAAACUAUAACUUGUCAUAAGAUGAAGCGCUUUGAUAGCAUUUUAGAGGAUGUAGAUCUUAUUCAUCAUCAGCUUGAUCCAACCCGUUGUCGCUCUUUAAACGCUGUAGCCACUGGAACUAAAGCUGCUGCUGAAAAGCAGACUGACACUAGCAUUUCCAUUAGUAUGCCGCCCACUCCUUCAGCAAAAGGAGUUGGCUUCAAUGAUAUUUUUUCUCAGACAUCAACGCCUAGAGGUACUACCACACUGAAUAAGCGAAUAUGGUCUUAUUCUCAGACAUCAAUGCCUAGAGUUUCAGUGUUUCCAGAGUCUCCAAAACUUCCCAGCACUCAAUUGAGGAAUCCUAGAAAUAAUACUAAUAAGCUAAAGGAUACAAGAUUUGACUCUUUUAAAACAUGGUCUGGUAGACUGGAGAGACAAUUAUCAGUUUUGCGCGGAAAGGAACAAGAGCCUAUUUCUCCACCUAGUCCUUCUAUAGAAACUAUUCCUGUCAAUCGAUAUUUUGAUGCCUUGGAAGGACCUGAAUUGGAUAGUUUAAAGGCUUCUGAGGAAAUCAUUCUUCCAGAAGACAGAAAAUGGCCAUUUCUUCUUCGUUUCCCUAUUUCUUCCUUUGGUAUCUGUCUAGGUGUUAGUAGUCAAGCUAUAAUGUGGAAGAAACUGGCUACUUCUGCCUCGACAAAAUUCCUGCACAUAAGCUUGAAAGCAAAUCUUGGCCUGUGGUGCAUAUCUGCUGCACUUAUGGUCAUUAUCUCUUUCAUCUAUGCUUUAAAGAUCAUUUUCUACUUUGAAGCUGUUCGUCGGGAGUAUUACCAUCCAGUACGUGUCAACUUUUUCUUUGCUCCCUGGAUAUCACUUCUGUUCUUAGCACUUGGAGUUCCAACAUCAAUUGCUCAAAACUUGCACACAUCUUUAUGGUACAUUCUCAUGACCCCGAUCUUUUGUCUAGAGGUAAAGCUCUAUGGACAAUGGAUGUCUGGAGGACAACGAAGACUCUCAAAAGUAGCGAAUCCCUCGAAUCAUCUCUCAAUUGUUGGGAAUUUUGUUGGUGCAUUGCUUGGUGCAUCCAUGGGACUAACAGAAGGGCCAAUAUUCUUCUUUGCUGUUGGUUUGGCUCAUUACAUAGUCAUGUUUGUUACACUCUACCAGAGACUUCCAACAAACGAUACACUGCCAAAAGAACUUCACCCCGUCUUCUUUCUGUUUGUUGCUGCACCUAGUGUUGCUUCAAUUGCAUGGGCAACGAUCCAAGGCUCUUUUGAUCAAGGAUCUCGGAUUGCUUAUUUCAUUGCGCUGUUCCUCUAUUUUUCACUGGCAGUUCGCAUUAACUUCUUUCGAGGGUUCAAGUUUUCAUUGGCUUGGUGGGCCUACACAUUCCCUAUGACAGGAGCUGCUAUUGCCACCAUCAGAUACUCACUUGUAGUUACCAACCUGGUGACAAAGUGCCUAGCUAUCAUUCUCUGUGGUCUUUCUACACUAACUGUAACAACACUACUUGUGACAACCAUCAUUCAUGCUUUCUUUCUGGGAGACUUAUUUCCCAACGACAUUUCCAUUGCAAUCAACAAAAGACCAAAAAUAACUCAGAAAUGGUAUCUUGGUAACUCAGAUAGCAAAAAUAUUGAUCAAUACCUUAAGUAUGUAGAUUCGUUUCAAGCCAAAGAUACUGAAUCUUCUCUCACAUAUCAAAACUCAAGUAGCUAGAGGCCCGCACCUUAAGUCAAAAAACUGUUAUUCUUUCUAGCAUCUCUUGUAAAACCCUAAGUCUUAAGCAAGUGAUGAGCACCAAAUUUUGGGCUGCUCCUAUGAACUUGAUGAUAUUGAGGGGAGCUUUUGAAAGUUCUUAUAAAGAGAAGAAAGGUACAAACACUAUGAGAGAUGUAAAUUAUGUAAGUAUUUUUCUGUGUAAAAUUCAAGAAACAAGUGUUCCUACCUAUAUAUCUAUUUAAAGAUUGUAUUUAGGGGAGGUGAUGUGACACUUUUAAGGUUCAGGAAAUAUAUUUAUGUUUGGGUUUUU